AUGGCUCCGAUCAUCAGCAUAGAUCAAGAAAUAUCAAAAAUCAAGAAACGAGGUCAUCAAGAUUUUGAAUUGGAGUUGACCCUUUUGCCACGUGGUACGACUUCAUCUUCAGAGCUCAAUCUCAUCGAUUCUUUCAAAACCAGCUCAUCAUCGACUUCUCAUCAGCAUCAUCAUCAACAAGAACAUUUGGAAGAUCCAAGAGUGUUCUCAUGCAACUAUUGUCAAAGAAAGUUCUAUAGCUCACAAGCACUAGGCGGCCACCAAAACGCUCAUAAACGCGAACGCACCUUAGCCAAACGCGGACAGUACUACAAGAUGAGUCUCUCCUCCUCCUCCACUUCUUCAGCUUUCGCUUUUGGCCACGGUUCAGUCAGCAGAUUCUCAAGUAUGGCAUCGUUACCGUUACAUGGCUCGGCGAAUAAAAGAUCAACGCUAGGGAUUCAAGCUCAUUCAACGAUCUAUAAUCCCUUUUUAGGAAGACAAACAGCCAGUUUAAGUAAUGUUUUCAAACGACAGAGCAUUCACCAGAAAUUGGGCAUUGGAAAGAUGUUGCCAGAGAAAUUUCACCAUGAAUGCGCCAUCAGUGGUAACAGUAACAGUACUACUCCUAAGUUGGAGAGGAUUGAACAUUUCAAGAGCAAGCAAGAAGAUCAUAAUCAGUUUAAGAAGAUUGACUUGACUCUUAAGCUAUGA